AUGGCUCGGUUGGACCAGUUAUCCCCCUAUGUGAAAAGCCUGUCAAAACCCUCGAGGACAGAUCGGUCCGUCCAGGCUGACCGAUCUCAUCGGGCAGCCUCUACACCAGUAGAGGACCGGCCUGACCCCAUCCCAUCCGCACCCAGCCCAAGCUCCCUGGACCAAGAUUUGGCAGGUCCAGGAACUUCAUCUAUGACCGAACCAGUCGCGGCUAGGACUAGGGCUAAAACGGAACAGCCUUCCCUGGUAGCCCCCUUGAGGCAGGUGGACCAAUUGGCAAUCAACCCCAAGAACCCAUCUGAAUCGGUCACACUCUCCCUGUUCCAACAUGUACCCUUUACCUCUUCAGACUUACUGAAUUGGAAACUGCACUACGGUCCGUUCAGUGAAAAACCCACAGAAGUGGCAGAUCUGGUAAAAACAAUAAUGGAUGCACAUAAUCCCAGUUGGCUAGAUAUCCAACAACUCAUGGGGAUAUUGUUUAGUCCCGAGGAAAGGGAGAAAAUUAGGAAUGCAGUCACUGAAAUAUUGAAGCCUGAUGUUCAACUAUAUAACUCCAUGGAAGAUCUUCUGAGAGUAAAAUACCCGUCCAGUAACCCGGACUGGGAUUUGUAUAGCGAUGGAGGAAAGGAAUGGCUGAGGGACUAUCAGUCUCUCCUGGUGCGAGCUAUUUGCCUCGCAGGGAAACCUGUAAUCAAUAUGUCAAAGCCCUCUCUAGUAUUGCAAGAACCUACUGAAAGCCCGGAGGCAUUUUUCACCUGUCUCAUUGAUGCAUACCGCAUGUACACCUCCAUAGACCCCUCAGCCCCGGAGAAUGCUCAGAUGCUGACGAUGGCAUUCAUCUCUCAGAGUGCCUUGGACAUAAGACGCAAAUUACAACGACUCGAAGGAGCUCUGGGGAAGCCCAUGAGUGAGCUGAUGGAAGUGGCCCGAAAGGUUUUUGCAAACAGGGACAAAGAGGAAGAUAGGAAAAAGGACCAGAAGAUGCAGCGGAAGGCUGAAUUAAUGGCGGCAUCCAUGAUAGGGCAUACCCCCGCCAUAUCAUUGCAAGCCAUUCAAGAUAUUAUUGAUCUAUACCUGGAACAUCAUAUCCUAGUGCCCACGGAGUCGCCCUGGAAUACCCCGAUAUUGCCCAUCCCGAAAGGGGAUGGCCGCUUCCGCCCGGUUCAGGAUUUGAGGCCCGUCAAUUUGGCCACAGUAACCAUCCAUCCGGUGGUCCCCAACCCUUAUGUAAUAUUAGGCCUGAUUCCCCAAGCCGCCCAGUGGUUUUCGGUCAUAGAUUUGAAGGAUGCCUUUUUCACUAUACCCAUACAUGAAAAUAGCCAACACCUAUUUGCUUUUGAAUGGGAAAGCCCCAUCACGAGUCGGAAGCAACAGUACACUUGGACUAGGCUACCUCAAGGAUUUAAGAACUCACCAACUCUCUUUGGUGCUGCAUUGGCAAAAGAUCUUGAGGCUUUACACAUACCAGCCCCUGACGUAGUGCUGCAGUAUGUAGAUGAUUUGUUGGUGACGGGCCGCACUGAGGAAGGUUGUUGGGACAAUAUGAGGGAGCUACUCUCCCUCUUACAGAGUCUAGGAUACAAGGCAUCUAGGAAGAAAGCACAAUUAGUCUUACAGAAGGUCAGAUACUUGGGCUAUGAUAUUGAACAGGGGAAGCGGACAUUAGGCCAUGAGCGGAAGGAGGCUAUAUGUCAACUUCCUAGACCCACAAAUAGAAGAGACUUGCGAGGGUUUCUGGGAGCGGCUGGUUUCUGUUGUAUAUGGAUCCCCAAUUUUAGCCUCAUUGCGAAGCCCCUCUAUGAGGCUACCAAAGGGGCCAAUAAUGACCCGCUUCAGUGGGACGCUGAAGAGGAGGCCAGCUUCCAGUCGCUCAAACAAGCCCUGUUGCAGGCCCCUAGCUUAGGCCUCCCGGAUUUGGAGAAACCAUUUCAGUUGUUUGUGGACACUAAGGGGAACGUGGCUGUGGGAGUCCUUACUCAGACUAUUGGCACAUGGCACCGCCCUGUAGAGUAUCUUUCUAAGCAGCUUGACAACGUUGCCAAACGGUGGCCCACUUGCCUUAAGGCAGUGGCUGGGACUGCCAUUUUGACCCAGGAAGCCAGCAAGCUAACCUUUGGUCAACAAUUGGAUAUUUGUACCCCUCAUGCUCUUAAAUCUGUAUUGGAAAUGAAGGGCCACUUGUGGUUGACUAACCCCCGCAUGCUUAAGUAUCAGGGACUCCUCACUCACAACCCGAUGAUCACUCUUACCCAAUCCACUACCUUGAAUCCUGCCACAUUAUUGCCCGAACCUAACACUGAGCUGAUUCACGAUUGCAUCCAUACCAUUGAGGAAACAUAUGCCAGUCGCCCUGACAUGAAAGAUGUACCUCUCCUCGCCCCGGACUACACCCUAUUCACGGAUGGGACCAGUUACCUACAGGAGGGAAUGAGGAGGACAGGUUAUGCAGUGGUUACCCUGAACGAUGUAUGGGAGGCGGGGCCACUACCCCCUAGGACAAGUGCACAAUUGGCCGAAUUACAUGCACUCACACGAGCCUUAGAACUAGCUAAGGGACUGGCGGUGAACAUAUAUACAGACUCCAAGUAUGCCUUCCUCACAGUUCAGGUUCAUGGAGCCCUGUAUAAAGAAAGAGGGCUUAUCACCGCAGGGGGUAAGGAUAUUAAAUAUGGUCCCCAAAUAUUACGCCUCUUAGAAAGUGUAUGGGCUCCAACUAAGGUGGCGGUUAUGCAUUGCCAUGGACACCAGAAGGUGGUCACGGACAUACAAAAGGGAAACGAAUGUGCUGACAGAUUCGCACGUGAGGCUGCAUUGGUAGACUUCGCCCCUGUGGAAAAGAACCUGGACAUAAGGGUGCCCGAUGCCAAUCCACGACCUCAUUAUUCCAGAGAUGACAUGGCUCGGCUGGAAGCACUUGAGGCGCACCUAGACGGUCAUUGGUGGGUCCUACCAGACAAUAGGGUGUACAUCCACGCUCACAUGGCCUGGGAUAUUGUACGCCAAGUAGCUGAAAUUAAGUCAUGGAUUCACUGGUCCCGGGUUAAAUUGGCUGCACCUACCCUUUGGAAAGCUGAAUCCCGACCGGGUUCUCCGCUUAAAGUGGUCUUGAAAAGGACAAACAGGGAUAUCUCCCCUAGUGGUGACAAACCGGAAGCUGUCCCUCUACCUACGGGAGAUGAAGAGGACUUGCUCUCCCCUAGUGGUGACACACCGGAAGCUGUCCCUCUACCUACGGGAGGCGAAGACCAUCAGACCCCU